UGACAUCACAUUGACAUCACAUUGACAUCACAAUUUCUUUGCUCCACUGUGUAAAUAGUGGAGCAAAGGUGAUGCACGCUUACCUCUCACUACCAUGGCAACCAUGGACUGUACCAACUGUCACUUUCAUUACAGUAAUGAUGCAUCUUUGUUAUUUGAUUAUGACAAGAAGCUUGAAAUUUGAUACUUGAACCUUUCCUAGUGGGAAGGCAGCUCUCAUCCCAGUGACAUCACAUGACAGGCGCUGCUGUUAAAGGGGAAUAGUACCCUUUUGACGAGUGAGCUUUUUAUGGGCUUUGUUUGCCCUUAGAUGGGCAGUACAUACAUAGCUUAUUGUGUACCCAGAGCAUUGCCUUGUACGUGUGGCCCCUGCCAUGUACCCUAUUGCCCCCCACAGCCUAGCCUAACUGACUUGCAGGUGUAUUGGGUGCAUGUGCAUGUCUCUUUACAUGUGACUGUGGCUCACGAGUAAGAAAGGUUGGGGCUCCUUUCUGAUAGUUGUACACCGCUGCUAUUUCCUGAACAUGUGCGAUUCUUUCAGAGAUAAAUGAAUGAUCCUUUCCAGUUUUACUCCGCUUCUCCUGUGUGUAUUCCCUGAUCCCCUCCCUGGUCUCAGUGGGCAGUAGUAUUAGGACUGGAUCACUGAGGACCUGGAAUUAGAGAAAUAUAUAUUUUCUGGAUGGUUUUAUGGCAGCGAUGGAUUGGACAAUGUUUAAUGAGUUUUAAUUUGUUUUCAUUUAAAAUCAAAUAAAGACUAUGGAAGCACCUUCCCAGUAUACUAGGGGCACAUUAUAAUGAAAUCUGGCCCUGGCUAUACAAAUCUGCCUUUGGUUUACAUACUAACAAAUGUACAUGUAUCUGGCUGUACCAGGCAGAACACCUGCACCUCUGACCUUGUGUCUUAUAUAAGGUAUGGGGUGCGGAUCUGCAUUUUACAUUAGUGUAAUAUAGCCAAUGGCACCCCAGCACAUACAUUUUAGAGGGUGCAGUGGGAGUCAAAUUGCUAGUUUGGAGCACCCAAUGUUUUCACCUUAUCCCAUGGCAGAAGUGCCCCUGUAUAAGGAACAGAACCAGUGGCUAAAUCAGGGGUGGGCAAACUGCGGCCCGCGGGCCACAUCCGUCCCGUUGGUCUUUUUAAUCUGGCCCGUUGGUCUUUUUAAUCUUGCCUGCCGACUCUCGCGCGAGACUUGGACUAACGCUGGCCCAGCCCGUCUGUCAACCCCCCCGGCCCAUCUUUUGGCAAGAUAUACAUCCAUGAUGGGAAAGGUGCAAAUCACUUGGUGCAAAAAAAUUAAAUAAAAACAAAUUCAACAGUAAAGUUAUUGCCACCAUUCAAACAUUAGCUUUAAUGAUUAGAUAAAAAGGAAGAUGAAGGAACCUGAUUGGUUGCUCAUUUUUUUAGUGAUUCGGAUCCUGUUAGGCUGACCCAGAAAUCAAAAAUAUCAAUUCCUGAGACCAGUCAUUGCCAGAGUAGCCAUUUACAGACUGUAUGUAGAGGGAAAGUCUGGUAAAUCUUACAUCAAUAAUGAUAAUAAACAAUUAUAAUACAUAUAUUGCGUGAAGGUAAAGUCAUUAUGACACAAUGCGUUUUUGAAUCUAACGCAACCUGAGAGAAUUGUAGUUUAAACACAUGUGGGUAGCGCCGUCAAGCUGUAAUAGAAAAAACUACAAUUCCCAGAAGACACCUGGCGGGAGGGCCGGCUGACUCAAGUAUUGCCCUAGCUGAUUGGAUGCUUCAAUGGUUCUGUAUUGACCUGGGUGCGUGAUUGGUUAAGCUUGCGGAGGCGGGUUGUUUGGAUGGUGCAGUUGAGAGGAAGGCAUCUGGCGGUAGGGGACCCGCGUAGUACCUUGUAACAGAGCUCGUAAGGUGGGGUACAGCUGUGAAUUGAAAAAGGCUGGAAAAUAUGGACUUUUCACCCCACCGUGGCAUGCAUGAAGGAAGGUCUCCUUCCCUUCAAGAUACCACCAUGAGCUCCAGCCACACCCAGAAGAACCGAGGGGACUCCACUCCGCUGCCUCCAAUCAACGAGCGCCUGGCUUUCCUGCGGCCGUCCAGAGAGCUGUUAGAGUAUUACCGCAAGAAGAUCGCUGAGUUUGAUGAGGAACACGAGGAUCUGGUAAAGCAACUGGAGCAAUACAAAGCUACCUUUGAGGAGCAGGUCAGUAUGCGCCCUUGCUAAGAGCAAUACUGCUGAUAACUAUUAUUAUCCUUUAUAUAGCGCUGGUGUAUUCGACUACACUGUACAGAGAUCACUAAGUACAUUGUUUCAUCAGUCCCGGUGGAGCUUACAAUUCACAUUCACUGUGGUCACUUUUACCAGGAGUUUACAGAACCCUGUAUGGUUUUGCAGUGUGGGAGGAACCUGGGGUUCCUAGAGGAUACCCACGCAAGCAUAUAGUGCCCUGGCUGGAAUUGAACCUAGGAGCUCAGUUCUGCAAGGCAGCAUUGUAUGUUUGCCUGCAAAUGGUUUGUGUGGUUCUCCAGUUUCUCUUUGCCAUAUGCCACGCAUCACCCUAGCUCCGCUAACUGCUCUUCCUGAAUCCCCUUGAUAGACUUUGUC